UAAAAAUAAAAUUUGGCACGCUCACUCACACAUGCAUUCGACACCAUAGAAACGACAAGAUCUCACUCACACUAAUAAACCGUUUCCAUGUUGGUUUUCGCGGCACUGAAGCGUCGUUGAACUUAUUUUCAUUUAAAAUCUGUGAAUUUAUCUAUAUUUUUCUGUGUUUUUGUGCAUAUAUUAAAGAAGUGUGUUUUUGGCGUCUAUAAAUAUUAUCAUGACUUAUACGGCAAUGGAUUUUCAUCGUUAACAAGCCUGUGAAAAUAUCAUGGCGUGUCUGGGCCUAAUGCAUUAGGCAGAUUCUCGUAACAAAAUAGGACUUUGCACAUAUCAUAUCGGGACGUUCCAUUUUCUGGUUAUUUUUUCAGUAUCAGUGUUGCAGGUAGGUUCGAUUGUGAUAUUUGGAAUAAUUGUAUCAUUUUGAGGCGUUAAGCAAAAAAGGAAAUUAAGUUUUUCGAUGUACUGAGUUUGAUAAUGUACCAUACAGACCGCCUAUCACCCAUUUUGUCUGAGUGCCUAUUACGUUCGCUGGACGUUGAAUUGGCAUAAUAAUGCCUCGUAUGCCAACCUAGCUAUAGUUUGACUAGUGCUACUCGACUACCGUGGUUUGGCGUUGUAUCACUCAAUUUUAUAUUCACCAAUUCCAUGAUUAGCAGAAAUUGUGAAAUACGAAAAUUUUACAUAAUAUAUGUGAAAGUUGAAACAGGAUUUUAAAUGAGGGUGUUGAGCGCCUGAAUUGAUUAAAAAUGGAUGAAUCUGAGGAGAAUAUGAGUACUGAAGAUAUCAGUAAUGUUGACAGUCCUGUGUCUGUCAAAAUAAAACCCAAAAAGAGGUCGCUGGUUGAACGAGAACUUGAAACUAACUUGACAGCCCGAGUGACAUCUCCUGUCACCGGUGAAGGCUCUAACACCAGCAGGUAUGGCCGGGCCCGUAGAGUCAAGACAGCUUCAGAAAUGGAUGCAGAGAAAAUCAUGAAGCCUUUAAAAGUUGAUGUUUCUAAGCAACCGCAGGCAUAUAAGAUGCAUGCAUCAAAUUCACCGAUAAAAAAGGAAACUCCUAAAAGAACAAUCUCAGUGGGUUCAAGUAUUGAAGAUCAGAUAGAGAAUAUUUAUAAUGAGAACAUAUCUCUAAGCCGGUUUGGGUCCGAAGAGAAAGCUAAAUCGCAGUCCCCUGCCAAGAAAUUCAGCAAAGUUUAUAUCCGGAAGGAUCUGAUUCAGAAACCGGACACAGAUACUGUUGUGUUGAUUAAGAAUAUAUUUUCACCAAACAAAUCUAGUUCUCAUUUGAGCAAUAUCCUAGAAAGGUCCUCUGAGAAAUAUUCUUUAAAUGGACAUGGGAAGGCCAUGAACGGUUUUCCCGAUAGUUCUUCAGUUGUUAAAACAUUAGAUUUUGAUGGUAAAAAGAAAAACAAACAGGUUUCCCCUGCACAGUCGAUUAAAAAGGAAGUCAAAGAGAAAACAUCCAAAGAAGUAAAAGAAAAGGUUAUAUUUAAAGAUGUGAAAGAGAAGAUGGUGUCUAAGGAAGUUAAAGAGAAGUUGGUGGCGAAGAAUGAGUUAUUUGAGCUGGAGGCGACCUGCGAGUACCAAGUUGGAGACUUGGCUUGGGCGAGGGUUGGCACAUACCCAUUUUGGCCAUGCAUUGUUACUAGGGAGCCAUUUAGUGACAUGUUUGUUAAGAAGAAGUUGUUCGGCCGCGUGGAGCGCUCAGUUAUCCACGUGACGUUCUUCGGUGACAACGGCCGCCGCGGGUGGAUCGUAGACAACAUGCUCCGCAAGUACCACGGCAGGGCAGAGUUCGAAGCAUGUCGCAACAAGUUCACACCAGAGUCCAAGAAGAAGGAUCCACGUCUGUAUGCGGCGCACUUCGUCUCGGAGAAGAAACUACCAUUAUGGAAUGUGUCUGUUCAAGAGGCAGAAACACUCAUGAAAGAGCCCAAGAGACUUCGAAUCGAUGCUCUCUACGACAUGCUCGAAAAGGCGAGAGCUGCCAAAACUACCCCCAGCAAACGCGACAAGGGUGGGAAGAUCACACGAACUGACAGCGACGUAUCUUUAAGCGAAAGCUUAUACGAUACACUGUUCUCUGAAGAUGAUGGCAAACAAGACGAUAACCGCUCGAAUAGAGCAAGGAAUAAGUCUUUAGAUGUCUCCGAAGUAGUCACAGCUUGCUUAGACAAUAUGGCGGCCAGAAGCGGCAUCAUACAAAUUCAGAGGCAGUCACACAUGGACCGGUGGCUGCAGAAAGCUAAAUCUAAAACCCCAGAAAAAAUACAACCGAAAUUACAUAUUAAGGUAGAAAGAGAAAAGAGAAAGGAUAAAGCCAAAAAGAAGAAAGAAGGUAAAAGUACGCAUAAAACGAGGAAGAAUGAAUCUCUUGGAUCUGGUACUAAUUUGCUACCGUAUCAAAAUGAGCAUGAUUAUAGUAGUGUCAAUUAUGAAAAUCAUGAUAUCAAUGACAGUUCUAAUAAAAAUACCGACUCGGCCAGUGGACUUGACAGCACAUUGGAUACUAGUACAACUAUUAGUGAUAUUGGUGUUACCGUAAAAAUAGAAAAUAUUUCUAGCAGUAUGGAAGACUGUAGUCAAGAAGAUAUCAUAACAUCUAUAGUGAAUGAUGACAUUGUUAUGACCGAUUCAGUCAAUAUUAGUAAAGAUGAAACCAGAAAUAAUGAAUCAAACCCUAAAGACAUAAGUAAUAAUAAAAUAGAAAAUAACAAUGAACAUAUUCUAGAUACCGGUAACAAAGAUAAUGAACUUGUAGAAAUAAAAGAAGAACUUCCAUUUAAUACCUGUGAUUUACCAAAUUCUAUUCAGCCUAGACGAAGUAAAAGAAACAGACAGACCUUUGAAGGCUUAAACAAUAGCAUCACUGGAAACAAAGCUAAAGAGCCUAAGUUAGAUUUAAAUAACCAUAAACCCAAUGAGGAAACAACGACUCCCAAUAAUGUACCUAAAAGUAAUAAUAUCCAAGAAAGUAAAGAAGAAACUGAGAAGGAUUCCGAAAAAAUCGAAAUGGUGAGUAAUGAACCAGCCAUUGAAAAUUUGGACAAGGAAAUAUCUCAAAACAUCAAGGUUGAAUCAACAGACUCAUUUCCUGAUCAAUCAAAACAGCCAAUUGAACCUUUAAAUAGCUCUGUACAUAUAGCUCAAUGCGAAAGUUCCUAUCAAAAACCAGAGCCACAGCGAAACAGUGAUGUCCUAACUGUUGAUAGUCACGAAAAAGCACUCGCAGAAUCGGAGAAAUGUGUUAAAGAAACUGGUUCGAUCACGACCACCAAUGAUGGAGAUAUAUCCACUACCACACGUUCUAGACGUUCAAAAGAAAAACACACCGCGAAGAAGACAAAAAAAGAUUUAAAAGAAAACAACAAGGUUGAAUCAACUGACCGUAUGGCUUUUGAUAAUAUACCUAAAUCUGUGGUUGACAAUGUACCACUUCAUUCCGAAAACACGGACACAGAGAAUCGUCUACCAACUGAAACCAAAAUUGAAGACGAAACAUCUGUAAACAGCAAAGAAUCGGAGAAAUGUGUUAAAGAAACUGGUUCGAUCACGACCACCAGUGAUGGAGGUAUAUACACUGUCAGACGUUCUAGACGUUCAAAAGAAAAACACGGCGCCCAGAAGACAAAAAAAGAAAUCAAGGUUGAAUCAAAUGACCAUAUGCCUUUUGAUAAUAUACCUAAAUCUGUGGUUGACAAUGUACCACUUAAUUCAGAAAACACGGACACAGAGAAUAAUCUACCAACCGAAACCAAAAUUGAAAACGAAACAUCUCUAAACAGCAAAGAAUCGGAGAAAUGUGUUAAAGAAACUGGUUCGAUCACGACCACCAGUGAUGGAGGUAUAUCCACUGUCAGACGUUCUAGACGUUCACAAGAAAAACACGGCGCCCAGAAGACAAAAAAAGAAAUCAACAAGGUUGAAUCAACUGACCGUGUGGCUUUUGAUAAUAUACCUAAAUCUGUGGUUGACAAUGUACCACUUAAUUCAGAAAACACGGACACAGAGAAUAAUCUACCAACCGAAACCAAAAUUGAAAACGAAACAUCUCUAAACAGCAAAGAAUCGGAGAAAUGUGUUAAAGAAACUGGUUCGAUCACGACCACCAAUGAUAGAGAUAUAUCCACUAUCAGACAUGCUAGACGUUCAAAAGAAAAACACGACGCCAAGGAGACAAAAAAAGAUUUAAAAGAAAACAACAAGGUUGAAUCGACUGACCGUAUGACUUUUGAUAAUAUACCUAAAUCUGUGGUUGACAAUGUACCACCUAAUUCAGAAAACACGGACACAGAGAAUGAGCCAACCGAAACCAAAAUUGAUAAAGAAACAUCUCUAAACAGCAAUGCUGAAUCAACUGAGCUUAUUUCAUGUGUUAGUAGUAUAACUAAACCUGUGGUAGACAUAAAACCACUUAAUUCAGAAAACGCGGUAACAGAAAAAGAAAGUUCUCAAAACAGUAGGGUUGAAUCAAUGGAAAUACGUGGUGACAAACCUAAUGAUGAGAAUAAAAAUGAAUCACUUAGUCCAGAAAUUACGGUAACAGAGAGUGAUGUGCCAACUGUAAAGAAUAUUGAAGAAGAAACAUUUCAAAAUAAGAAACUCGAAUCGGCAGAGCCUAUGCCGUGUUGUAGUAAAUCUAAACCCGUGGUUGUUAUCGAACCACUUAAUUUUGAAAGCACUAUAUUAGAAAGUAAUACAGCAACUGUAACUUAUUUAGAAGCAACUAUCAAUAACAGCAAACCUGAAGCAACAGAGCUCAUGUUAUUAAAUAAUAAAUCUAGACCCGUCGUUGUAAUUGAACCACUUAAUUGUGAAAACGUAGUAACAGAAUGUAAUCCAACAAACAUUGCAAAUUUAGAAAAAGAAACUUCUCAAAAUAACAAACUUGAAUCAAUGGGGCUAAUGGCAUUUCAUAAAAGUUCCAAACCCGUGGUUGUCAUUGAACCACUUGACAUGCAAGGUCUAGAAACACAAUUCAUAAUUAAAGGACCAAAACCACUUGUUCGAAAUAGGUCCUUAGAUAAUUUAAAUAAAAAAGAAAACUUUGAAGACAAAUCAGAAACAAGUGUAUUAUCAGAUUUGGUUCAAAAUGAUAGUAUUGUCUUGAAACAUGUCAACAACACAACAAAAGUGAGCAAAGCAGUCAAUGUAGAGUUAGAAAACGUUAAUAGCAAACCCAAUACUGAUACAGAUACAACAAGUCAAUAUACUGAUGUGAAACCCAGGACAACUCAAGAUGUUUCUAAGAACGGUCAUCAGGAGACUGAGAUAAGUUUUGAAGAUUCCGAGAGAGUGGAAGUUGAUGACUGUAGUUCUCAUGUUGUUGAAAAGGAUCUGGCCGUUGCGACCAGCUCGAUUCCGCGUACUGAAUUAACGGAAACUGUUCUAGAUUCUUCCGCAUUAAUAGAGACCAAAAUGAUUGAAGUUCCUAAACAACCUUUUAUGAAGAAAGAUGAUGACAUUCUUAAAAGUAAUGUUCAGACCAAUGUUGUUAUUGGAGAAGAGACAUAUAUAUUUGAUAGGACAUUAUCACAAGAUUACGAUGAAAUUGAUGGUGAUUGUUAUGAUGAAUAUAGUCACUUACCCCAGGUUAUUGUUAAUGAAGAAGUUGAAAAAGCCAUUUUAAUUCAUAAUAAUUUGAUUAUUAAUAAAGAAAUAUCAACACAAGAGUCUUGUACAGAAAAAACAAACAAUAGUACUGCAAAAAAAAUAUCAUGUUUAAGUUAUGAUAGUGGGCCUGAGAUUGUUAAAAACGAUUCACAGAUCCAAGGUAAUUGCAUUUUUUUAGAUAAACAGAAUAUACAAAACGAUUUAGAUACAGUAGAAGACCACAGAGUUCCUACAGGUGAUGUAAGUACUAUAGUGAAAGAAGAAAAUAAUUCUACCGAAGUAACUCAAGACAAUAAUGACAAGUGUGUUUUUUUAGAUCAGCGCUCAAAAACAGCAGAUGCACAAUCAGCUGACAAUAUAGAGAAAAAAAGAAAAUCACCAAGAUUAAGUUUAAAUAGAACCAGAAAUCACUCGUUAAUAUUAAACAAAGUAUCCGAUCAUCUAAAACCAGCAUCUGUUAUUUCGAAUGACAAUGAAAUGUACAUUAAUAGUAAAAGUACAAAGAGUGACCCAGAAUUUGUUAAAUAUAUGGAGAUUCGCCAAGAUGCUCUAUUGGAUGAACAACCUGACUUGACUCAAGAUGAAAUUGUAACAUAUUUGUACAAAAAUUGGCUUUAUGAAGAGGAGAAAAAAUCAGAUAUGAAAAAGAUGGAUGACAAUGAACAGGCUAAUUUAGUUAAAGGUUUUCAAGAAUCACAACAGCCGAAGAAAAUUAAGAAGAAACCUAAAGUCGAAAAAGCAGCAGAGUUGAAAAAUAUAGACAUACGUGAGAUGUUGCACAAAGGGAAAACUAAAUCGCUUCCUAAUCAGUCAGAACUUUCAAGUGAACCUUUAAGUAACACUGAACACAACAUAGCUUCCUGCGAAGGUUCCUAUCAAGAACCAGAGCCACAUCGAAACAAUUUUUUACAAACUGUUGAAAGUAACAAAAAUUCAUACAAAGAACCGCAGAAAUAUGUUAAAGAAACAGGUUCAAUCACAAAUGACAACGAUCUAUCCACUAUCAGACGUUCAAAAGACAAGCACGACACCAAAAAGACAAUGAAUGAAUUAAAAGAAAAGGUGGAAGAUAAAUGUGUUGUAAAAAUAGCCUCGAUAAAUACUAUUGUCAGUAAAGUGUCUACGACAAGUACUAGACGUUUACGACUUUCAAAAGACAAACAAGCUAUCGAACAGAUAGUAAAUACAGACCCAGAUAGUAAUUUCAUAGAAAAACCUCACAGAGGUUCAAAUGACAUUAAAAUUCCAUUUACUAAUCGUCCAGAUCAGCCAAAACAAAAAGAAGACGCCAAAAAGGCUAUGGACGAUCCAGAGUUUAUGAAAUAUUUGGAAAUUCAUCAAGAUGUUUUAUUAGAUGAACAAUCGGAAUUAACGCGGGACGAAAUUGUUACUUAUCUGUAUAAAUAUUGGCUUUACGAAAAUGAUCCCAAAUCCGAAUUGAAGAAAAUUGAUGAGAACCAACAGUUUUAUUUAGCCAAUACUCUAAAUACUGAAAACAAUGAACGUUUAGGUCAUGCAAAAGAAGGACUAGAUACCGUACAAAUCACUGACUCGGAAAAAUGUGUAUUAGAAAUAGCAUCACCGAAUGACAGUGAAAUUUCUAAUGUAAACGAACAAGAUGCCAAAGACAUGAUUAGUACAGAACCAGAAAAGUCCCAAGUAAAUCCUAACGACAGUACAGUUAGUACUAAACCUAAACCAGGUCGCACAAAAGAAAAACAAGAUACAAAGAAGGCAAUGAAUGAGCCAGAAUUUAUAAAAUAUCUAGAAAUGCAUCAAGAUACUUUACUAGAUGAGCAACCUGAUCUUACGCAAGAUGAAAUUGUUAAUUAUUUGUAUCAAAAUUGGUUGUAUGAAGAAGGAAAUAAGUCAGAAAUUAAGAAAAUUGACGAUAACGAGCAGUCUAAUCUAAUUAAAGGUUUAAAUAAUUUGCCCGCGCCACAGCUUAAGAGAAUCAAGAAGAAAUCUAAGUUUGAAAAAGCGCCCGAAUCUAAAAAUCUAGAUAUAAGACAUAUGCUGCACAAGGAAAUCUCAAAAUCAGCUCCAGGCGACUCCGAAUUUUCAAGGGAAAAAGGUGCUAAAGAACUCGAUAAAAAUAAUCUUCCGGAACAAGACGAAACUCCUUGUAUAAAAAAUGAAAACGGCACACACAAAUCUAAAGAUGUCCAAAAUAUCGACACACUAAAUAAUAUUGUUCACUCCACUCCACUUAGCAGGGUAGAAUCUAUAAGCGUUAAAAAAAAUACUUUCGACCAAAAUUGUGAUAAUAUUCUGAAGACUGUUAAACAGGAAAGCUCUGCAAACUUGAAUAAUCCUAUAGAGGCAGCAGAAAUGCUUCAAAGACGUAUUUCUGGUCACCGAGAAAGCAAUAAGUCUAAUCAACAUAUAGACGACGCAGAAAAUAACAUCUCUAAAAAAUCAGAUGACAUUGAGGACAUGGAGUUUGGCCUAGAUGAACUUGAGGACAAAGACAAUGAAGACUCGAAAGAAUCUACGCACUGCAAAAUAAUCAAUGGCUUUAUUGAAUUUGAAGUAAGUUCAAAAUCUAAAACUAAUGAAGGAUUUGAUCCUGAAACUGCUUCUAUCAAAUCCGAAGACAGCGGAGUCUCUACUACAACACGUAAAGCACGUAAAGAAAAAGACGCGAAGUCAAUGGAAGAUCCUGAAUUUUUAAAAUAUUUGGAAGCUCGUCAAGACGCUCUGAUUGAUGAACAACCUGAUUUAACUCAAGAAGAAAUUGUGACAUAUUUGUAUCAAACUUGGUUUUAUGAAGAAAGUACUAAGUCGGACAUGAAGAAGAGCGACGAAACCGAACAGUCUAAUUUGGUGAAAGGUUUGAACCAGGAACCGCUACCACAACCAAAGAAAAUUAAGAAGAGACCUAAAGUUGAAAAAGAAUCAGUGGAAAAGGUGAAAAGCACCGAAGUCAAAGACAUCAAAGUCGAAAAAUCUGAGAAGGUUUUGAAAAACGCCGAUAUACGGGACAUGAUACAAAAACCAAAACGGAAGGCCACACAAUCCAAGCCGUACUAUAACGAAGAUUUUUCCGAUUUGGAAGAAGAGGAUUUAGAAACAUUUAAAAUAUUUGACAGAGACGAACCGAACGCAGAUGGCGAGGUAAUUGAUGAAGUAGAAUUAUAUUUCGAACAACUCACGAAACCGAAGCCUAACGUUUUUAAAGGUUAUGUCAGAGAGAGAGUUUGCGAAAUCUGUAUUCGCGCAGGCAACUUAGUAAAAUGUAAAAGCUGCCAUGGAACGUAUCAUAUAGAAUGUGUAAAGAAAGUAACUGAAGUAACCGAAGUAGCGGGACCUACGAGAGGCCGAAAGAGAAAGCGAGGCCGGAAGCCUAAAGGCUACGAUCCUUCAUUAGACACUGACAGCCAAAGCGACGAGCGAUCUCAAGAUGCCAAUAACUCUGGAGAAAUUAACAUUUCGAUUGAAGACGAGGCCGAAUCUCAUAUAGUAUUUGAUGAGGAUAACUUCGAAACACUAUGGGAGAAUAAAAUGAAAGAGCUGCAAACUGACACUCAAGAUGAAUAUGCUAGCGAUCAGGAAAUUGAUUGGGAAGUUGAGCCGGGUCAUUGCGAAAUAGUCGAUUUAAAACAUAAAGAGAAACCUAUAGACUAUUCAGACUACAAAUGUAAUAAUUGCCUAAAAUAUGAAACUCCGGUAUGCUUCGUCUGUAAAUCCAACAAAUCACCUAAAUCUUUAAUAGAAGUGCGUCAGAAAUGCCAGGUAGCUCACUGCAAUAGAUACUACCACUUAGAAUGUUUAGAUCACUGGCCGCAAACACAAUUUAACUCUUGGGAGCCGUCGAAGACUAAUAAAAAACAGAUUGAAUACAUAGAAGCGUUGUCAUGCCCUAGGCAUGUAUGCCAUACUUGUGUUUCGGAUGACCCAAGGGGGUGUAAGACGAGGUUUUGUGGUGAUAAGUUGGCGAGAUGCGUGAAAUGCCCGGCGACUUAUCAUUCGUACACGAAAUGCUUGCCGGCGGGAACGCAGAUACUGACUGGGUCGCAGAUUAUAUGCCCAAGGCAUUACGAGCAUAGACCGGGCAAGGUCCCGUGCCACGUGAACACGGGCUGGUGCUUCAUCUGUGCGCUUGGCGGGACCCUUAUUUGCUGCGAGUACUGCCCUACAUCGUUCCACGCUGAAUGCCUCAAUAUCAAGCCGCCUGAAGGAAGCUAUAUGUGCGAAGAUUGUGAAACUGGACGUCUGCCUCUGUAUGGGGAGAUGGUGUGGGUCAAAUUGGGACACUACAGAUGGUGGCCGGGCAUAGUCCUUCACCCUACAGAGAUCCCGGACAACAUUCUAGCAGUCAAACACUCGCCAGGCGAAUUCGUAGUGAGGUUCUUCGGACAGUAUGACCACUACUGGGUCAACAGAGGCAGAGUGUUCCCUUUCCAAGAAGGUGAUUCCGGCAGAAUAUCGAGUCAGAAAUCUAAGAUAGACGCCGCCUUCACCACCGCCAUGGAACACGCGCAGCGGGCUUGCGAAAUAUUAAAAAAAAUGGAACCUAAUGAAGAAGAAGAUCUAGACAUCGCAUCCUCCCUACUACCACCGCACUACGUCAAGUUGAAAGUGAACAAGCCGGUCGGCAGUGUCGUUCGAAGAGAUGUAGACGCCAACUCGCUUACGCAGUGCGACUGCGAUCCGAACCAACCAGAUCCUUGUGGGCUUUACUCUCACUGUCUCAACAGGAUGCUGCUAACGGAGUGCGGGCCGCUGUGCCGCGCGGGCGAGCGCUGCAGCAACCGCGCGUUCGAGAAGCGCGCCUACCCGCGCCUGCAGCCCUACCGCACCCCGCACCGCGGCUGGGGGCUGCGCACGCUGCAGGACAUCAAGCAAGGUCAAUUCGUGAUCGAGUACGUCGGCGAGCUGAUCGACAUGGAGGAGUUCCGCAGGAGAAUGUGCCGGAAACACGAGAUUCGGGACGAGAACUUCUACUUCCUCACGCUGGACAAGGAGCGAAUGAUCGACGCGGGGCCUAAAGGCAACGCUGCCAGAUUCAUGAACCACUGCUGCGAGCCAAACUGCGAGACGCAGAAGUGGACGGUGCUCGGCGACGUGCGCGUUGGGCUGUUCGCGCUCUACGACAUACCCGCCAAUAGCGAAGUAACAUUCAACUACAACUUGGAGUGCGCGGGUAUAGAGAAGAAGCGGUGUCUGUGCGGCGCCAAGCGGUGUUCUGGCUACAUUGGCGCUAAACCGAAACAGUUACAGGAAGACAAACCUAAACUACCCAAGCGCACAUACAAGAAGCGAAAACCGGUCGAGGAAAAACCAAAAAUAAAAAUAAAACCCAUCAAGCCGCGAGAACUCACUGAGAUCGAGAAGGACUUACUUAUAAUUAAAAAUGCUACCAACGGCAUGUCCAGCGAUUCUGAAGGUAGUAGACUUAGUGUGGAUGAUAAGAAUCCUAAGGCGCUGAAAAGGAAAAGGGUUAGCUUUUCUACUGACGAGGUUGGUGCGAAGAAAGCUAAGGUGGAAAGUGAAGUUGAUGCCGUCUAAUGUGAACCUUUUGUGGAUUUAACCCUUAACCUUUUGGACGCCAAUGACCGAUAUAUCCGCACCGUAGGUUCAACGCCAAAGACCGAUUAAUCAGUCACAGACCACAGAGCAACACAGACCUACGUGCAUAUGCAUAAAGUUCAAUUUCAGUUUUGACACUUCGGUGUCGUGGCGUCCGAGUGACAGCUUUUGUGUUUGACACGGCGUCGAAAAGGUUAACGUCACGCCUAUCGUGUGCGGCGCGUCAUCGUGAACCGUGUCGGAAUGCACUUAGGUUGAUAUUAGGAUGUAACUAUGCGGGUCAGGUGACGUGUUUGCCGGUCAACGGGUUAAAAUGUAAAUAGUUAUCUUGUUAUACGUAAAGCCACUUUAGUCCUAAUCUAGGCAGGUGUUUUCUAAUGUCUGGUGGAUAGGAAGCUAAUUGCCUGAAAGUGAUGAGGGUUAACCCUUCCAGGCAUAGUACGAUUUAUCGACCACAUACGCGCGAAGAGGAAUUCAACUUUAGCAUUCCGUUUUAAGGUUGAAAUUAAAUUGCGCUUUCGGGAAAUGUGAUUUGUCUUGAAAUGAAUCAUCAAAGCUGGAUUAAUUGGAAUAUAUUUUGAUUUUUUUUAAAUAUCUGGCACGACUUUGGAUAGUCAAAAGCGUGUUGUAUUUUUUCGCGUUUGUCAUUAUAAGAUGGUAAGUUCGGAGAGAAAUAAGUUUGUGUUUGUUAGGCUAUGAAACUUGGACAAAAAUCAAAGAGAGUAUAAAAAGAAAUGAAAAUCGUAUGAAAUCAUGUUACAAUACUGUCAAAAGCAUGUUCACUACAUGGAGCAUUCGACAUUCUUUUGACAGGUUUUAUGUUUGGUAGACUUUGCUAAAUGUUUAUUUUAAUUUGCAAACUGCUGAAAACAGCUGUUAUAAUACUUGUAAUAUAGUUAUAAAUACAAAGCGCCGACUGAUGCAUAUUUGUGUUCUUGUAGCGCCAUUUGAGUUGAAUAUUGCUUAACCUUAUUAUUUAUACACUCAUAUUGGCCUUAGGGUGGUAUUCUACCUGUCCAAUGGCAGUGUGUCUCACUCUCUCAAUAAAGCAAAAUGUGAGA